GGCGACGGCGACGGCCGAGCUACGGCGGCGGCCGGGCCGGGGUGCAACAAGCGUCCGCGCCGGGCAAACAUGAGCGAGCCGAGCUCGCGCCUGCUGCUCGCGAGGCUCGACCUGUGCGCCGCGAAUCGCCGAGUUGGCCGGAACGGUGAGUAGGGCGGCUCCGUUUCUCCAGCGGGACUAGACUCUCGCCGAGCCGAGUCGGGCGGGCGAGGGAGCGUUCGAAAGGGCGGAAGCUGCCGCGGGGGUGACUCGCCCUGUCGCGGACGAGCGUCGCGAUUCUCCGCGGUGCGCGAACGCGAGGAGGAUGUACGUCGGAAAGCAAAGGACAUGGCACACCUGUAGAUAUGAAAUGCCGGACUAGCGCGAGAAGCGUGAGCGGCCGACCAGUAGAGGCAGAGCAAGCGAGAAGCAGAGCAAAGUAGUGAAGAAAGGGUAGACGGCCAGGCACGUAGAAAGCGAGGGAGAGAGACAGAAAAAAAAAAGCCGAGCAUCCCAUCGCGCGCUGAAAAUUCGCGUAGCGCGAGAUUAGCGGAGAGAAUGAGCCACGCUCAACAGCAUGUGCUUGCGAGCGCGAUAGUCCUCGCGCUGCUAGUGGUGUUCGGCAUCCACGUCUUCCUGUUUCCCAUGUACACGUCGACCCCGCCGGCGCGCCACAUGAAGAUCUCCGCGUACGAGCAGGCGCUCUGCCGCGCGAACCUGAGGAACAACGUCCGCGUGCCGGCGUCGGAGCUGCGCGACAACCCCUGCCCCAGGUACGGCAUCGUCUCGGCGGUCCAGGGCGGCAGGCUGGGCAACCAGAUCUGGGAGUACGCCUCCGUGUGGGCGACCGCCCGGCGCACCGGCCUGGAGCCGUUCAUGCCGCGCUGCAUCCUCAAGACCCUGGAGGAGCACUUUGAGAACCUCAGCAUCCCGCCGCUCAGCUACAUCGGCCGGUGCACCCUGGACGUCGGCCAGGUGGUCAACUCGCUCGGCCAGUGGAACAGCACGGAGCAAAACAUCAUUAUCCCCAGGCACGCGGCUUAUUGGUCCUUGAUACUGGUCUGGCUGGACGACGUACGGCGGGAGUUCACGUUCAAGCCGAGCCUGAGGAUCUACGCGGAGAAGGUGUUGAAGCGCGUGGCGGAGAAAUUCAACCUGUCCUCGCCGACGUACGUCAGCGUACACGUGCGUAGGACCGACUACGUGGAUUACCUCUGGCAGAAGCUGAAGACGCGCCCGGCGCCGAUAAGUUACUACCUGUCGGCGAUGGAUUAUUUCGCCGGCAAGUACAGCAACGUGGUCUUUGUGGUGACGAGCGACAAUAUCGCCUGGUGCAAGUACAACUUACGCAGCAAGCGUCACCGAAUCAGCUUCGUGUCGGAGAACGACGGCAAAGGCCCCGGGAGGGAUCUCGCGGUCCUGUCCGCGUGCAAUCACAGCGUAAUAGACUACGGCACUUACGGCUCCUUCGGGGCCAUUUUGGCCGCCGGCGAAACCGUGGUUUACAAUGUAACAACAUACUUUUCUACGUUGAUCGCUGACGUGCUACCAAACUGGAGGAUAAUGAGUUGAACGUGAAAAUCAAAUAACCAGAAAUAAGAAAGCCGACGGAUCUCACUUAAGUUACACCGUACGCGCACAUUCUUUUGUAAUACGUAAUCUUUUUUCGAAAGUCGAUAAAUUACUUGUGGAGGCUUUUCAUUAAUUUACAACGGGAGGGAGACAGAGUUUCCGGAAAUUUACGGUUCCUUUUCAAUGCCGGUAAAGUACAAAAUUUGCAAUUCAACGUUUAAAUUAAUUAACACGACUCUUAUCAGACCGCAGACCAAGUGCGUACAAGCCACGUAGAUAACCAUCGUACAUUUACAUCUGCUAUUUAUGCAAGUAUGGUAAUUUCUAACUACUUGAAAGUGUAUCUUGCCUUUUCCCUAUUCUAGAUAAUACAUAUGCUCAUAUAUUUUCUCUUUAUUUAUCAUACGAAUGCGUAAGUAUCUCGCCAGUAGUGAAAUGAAAGUGUGUUGCUGCAUCACAUAAAAUUUUGUAUGUAUAAAUGCGUCAUACUGACGAUGUUAAGCAUACAUUACGCUCUUAUUUAAAUUUAGCGUGCGCACCAAGCUAGGAAUCGAUGCACCUUUAAACGUAGCGAGCGAAUCUUUCAAGGAAAACUCGAGGAAAAGGUUUACAAAUGGAACAAUGGACCACUAAUAUCUAAAAAUUAAAACAGAUGCUUAUUUUUUCUACGACUCUGAUACACACUCGACACGGCCGUAAAAAAUUUCACGGAAAAGGGAAAAUAGAACGUAGAUCGGAGAUGUUCUUUCCAGGUAAGAUGACAACCAAACGAGCCUAAUUCAGAUAAAGAGAAAAGAACACGCGUACAGAUAAAUUCUAAAUUUUGCAGUGCUCAGAAUUGUCUUGACUGGUUAAUCCCUUAGCUUUUCCGAAACCUACAUUUUUUAUAUAUUAUUUCGUAAUUCACGUAAUUUUCUAUAAUGUAGCCUAGUGUUGUGGAGUUUCAAGUUGAUUGUGUUUACACGGUUCAAUAUGCAUUUCAUAUCGUAGCAAGCGUGUAACGUACACUUCACAGAGACACGAAACCGACGUAAUGACAAAACCAUCUGUAAAUCUUAUAAUGUACAAUGAUUUCAACUGUGAUUCUAUUUCUUAUUGUGCCAAAAUUCUUAAUAUAUACAUAUAAGCAUAUAUAUAAAUAUAUAUGUAUUAUAAAAUUAUAUCUAUACAAAGCGUUGUAUAAUAUUUACAAAUCUGUGAGCAAAUGCUAAAUUAUUUCUUCACUUAACCGUAAAGUAUUAUGAGAUGGGAAAGUUUACAGACUAUUACUAUUAUUGCGCGAGGAAAGGACGGGCAAGUAUUUUACAUAAAGCCAGUGUUUGAAAUUUAUUAACCAUGUGACCUGAUGUAUUUGACUUACAGGUGUUUUACAAGUUAGACUAGUCAGUGUCUAAUAUCUAUAUGUUAAUAUCUAUAUAUGAAUGUAUCUUUAAUGUAUUUGUGCCUGCCAGUUGUUAGAUAUUUGACGAGACGUUGGAGAGCGCGAAGGAAAGUUACGCAGUCAGUAAUGGAAUCAUGAAAAUGUGUAUGAGCCGUAUAUGAUAUCAGAUUUUUCAUUGCCAAUAUUAACCACGGACGAGAGAUGUGAUUAGAGGCAAAAGCAUAAAUAUGUUGAAUAAUUACUGAGACUAUACAACUUACAGGCAUCGAUACGAUCUACUCUGUACAUUCUCUGUGAUAAUUUUGUGUAAUUUUUGAGAACAUAACGCAUAAACUAAAAUGUAUUUGUUUUACAAAAUAAAAAUACUCUGUGUCAAAGUUAA